CCGCCCACUCGCUGGUUGGCGGCGGGGUAGGCCUCCGUAUUCGGUCGUUCCCACGCUUUUGUACUUGGUGCCCGAGCCUCAGCCUCAGGAUCGGCAACGUGCACCCUGCGUCACGUCUAUCUCUGAGACUUUGCCCUUCUCCAAGGACAGCAUUCAGCAGACCAGGAAAAUGGCCACGGGGCUCCUGAAAGCCAAAAAAGAGGCAUUCGUGGCAUUCAGGGAUGUGGCUGUGGACUUCACCCAGGAGGAGUGGAGGUUGCUGAGCCCAGCUCAGAGGACCCUGCACAGGGAAGUGAUGCUGGAGACCUACAAUCACCUGGUCUCACUAGAAAUUCCAUUUUCCAAACCAAAACUCAUUUCUCAGCUGGAGCAAGGGGAAGAGCCCUGGAUAAAGGAGAGACAACAUCCACUGGGCCUCUGUCCAGCAGGAUCAAAGCUAAACAUUCAACCUUGUCCCCACUGCCCACUGGCAUUCACUAGUCAGCAAGGCCUCAGCCAGCAUGUGUGGUUCAGUCACCUUCCUCAGCUCUUCUCAAGUUUAUGUGCAGGAAACCAUCUCCCCCUGGGGAAGCACUAUCCAGAAGAUCAAAACCAGCAGCAGAAGCAACUCUUUGAUCAAACCUGCUGGAGUGACAAAGCAGAAAUUCAAGAGACAGAAGAAGACUCCAAGCCCUUGUUGGGGAGAGUAAGCAAAAGAGGCACUUCAGAGGCGUUGUCCAGCCCACGGCAAGAACAGCCAGUAAGGUCCAAGCAAGACAACACAGCGGUGGACACAGGGCCCAGCCGAGACCAGAGGACAGACCUUGGGGGAACAGACAAAGUGUUGCAUGGUGUAGAAGUCUCAGGAUUUGGAGCAAUCAAAUAUGGGGAGUUUGGGCUAGGCUUUAUGAGGGAGUCAAACCUGCUCAGCCUCCAGAAGAUGCACACAGGGGAGACACCUUACAUGUACUCCGAGUGGGGACGGAGCUUUAGCAAUAUGUCAGCCCUCAUGAAAAACCAGAGGACACCCUCUGGGGACAAGCCUUAUGUGUGCAAGGAAUGUGGACGAGGCUUUACCUGGAAGUCAAACCUCAUCACACACCAGAGGACACACUCAGGGGAGAAACCUUAUGUGUGCAAGGAGUGUGGACGAGGCUUUACUUGGAAGUCAAACCUCUUCACACACCAGAGGACACAUUCAGGGGUCAAGCCAUAUGUGUGCAAGGAAUGUGGGCAGAGCUUUAGCCUGAAGUCAAACCUUAUCACACACCAGAGGGCACACUCGGGGGAGAAGCCUUAUGUUUGCAGGGAGUGUGGGCAUGGCUUUCGCCAGCAUUCACAUCUCAUCAGACAUAAGAGGACACAUUCGGGAGAGAAGCCCUAUGUGUGCAGGGAGUGUGAGCAAAGCUUUAGCCAGAAGUCACACCUCAUUAGGCACUUAAGGACACACACAGGAGAGAAGCCUUAUGUAUGCACAGAAUGUGGGCGCCAUUUUAGCUGGAAAUCAAACCUCAAGACACACCAGAGGACACACUCAGGGGUUAAACCUUAUGUAUGCCUGGAGUGUGGGCAGUGCUUUAGCCUGAAGUCAAACCUCAGCAAACACCAGAGGUCACACACGGGGGAGAAGCCAUUUGUGUGCAGGGAAUGUGGGAGGGGCUUUACCAGGAAAUCAACCCUUAUCACACACCAGAGGACACACUCAGGGGAAAAGCCAUUUGUAUGCAGGGACUGUGGGCGAGGCUUUAAUGAUAAGUCAACCCUCAUUUCACACCAGAGAACACAUUCAGGGGAAAAGCCUUUCAUAUGCAGGGAGUGUGGUAGAAGGUUUAGCCAGAAGCCAAACCUAUUUAGGCACAGGAGGGCACACUCAGGGGGGAAGCCUCACGUGUGCAGGGAGUGUGGGCAAGGCUUUAGCCGGCAGUCACACCUUAUUAGACAUCAGAGGAUACAUUCGGGAGAGAAGCCUUAUAUUUGUAGGAAGUGUGGGCGAGGCUUUAGUCGGAAAUCAAACCUCAUCAGACAUCAGAGGACACACUCAGGAUAGAAACCUUGUAUAAUUCACAGUGGAGAGAAACCAUUUGUAUGCAAUGACUGUGGAAAAGCUUUUAGCCAUGAUUUCUUUCUCAGUGAACAUCAAAGAACUCAUAUUGGAGAGAAACCAUAUGAAUGUAAGGAAUGUAACAAAGCUUUCAGACAGAGUGCACACCUUGCUCAACAUCAGAGAAUCCACACUGGAGAGAAACCUUUUGCGUGCAAUGAAUGUGGGAAGGCCUUUAGCCGUUAUGCCUUCCUUGUUGAACAUCAGAGAAUUCACACAGGAGAGAAACCAUAUGAAUGUAAGGAAUGUAACAAAGCCUUCAGACAGAGUGCACACCUCAAUCAGCAUCAGAGAAUUCACACUGGAGAGAAACCCUAUGAAUGUAAUCAAUGUGGAAAAGCCUUCAGCAGACGCAUUGCCCUUACACUGCAUCAAAGGAUUCAUACAGGAGAGAAACCCUUUAAAUGUAAUGAAUGUGGGAAGACUUUUGGCUAUCGCUCACACCUUAAUCAACAUCAGAGAAUUCAUACAGGUGAAAAGCCUUAUGAAUGCAUCAAAUGUGGGAAGUUUUUUAGGACUGACUCACAACUUAAUCGACAUCAUAGAAUACAUAGUGGAGAGAGACCUUUUGAAUGCAGUAAAUGUGGGAAAGCCUUCAGUGAUGCUUUAGUUCUAAUUCAUCAUAAGAGAAGUCAUGCAGGAGAGAAACCCUAUGAAUGUAACAAAUGUGGGAAGGCCUUCAGUUGUGGCUCAUACCUUAAUCAGCAUCAGAGAAUUCAUACUGGAGAGAAGCCCUAUGAAUGUAAUGAAUGUGGGAAGGCUUUCCAUCAGAUCUUGUCCCUUAGGCUACACCAGAGAAUUCAUGCUGGAGACAAACCCUAUAACUGUAAUGAGUGUGGGAAUAAUUUUAGCUGUGCCUCAGCCCUUAGACGACAUCAGAAAAUUCAUAAUAGAGAAACUCUCUGAUUAUAACAAGUAUAUGAAAGAACAUUUAGUCACCACUCAGUCCUUAUUAAAUAAAUAUCAGUGAAUUCUUUGGUUAAUGAUUCUAUGAAUGUAGUAAAUAUGGAAAAGCCUUCAGUUUAUGAGCAUCCCUUAUUUGAAAUAGCCUGAAUAGUAGACAUCUAUUACUUUUGGAUCUGUUCUAUGCCCCAUUUGAAACUUACCUCACCCUCAGUGCAUAUCAUUCUGAUGAAACUAUUAGGGAGAGCAGUGGAUUGGUCAUAGGCUGGCCACAAUUUGGUUAAUAAGGGAGGGGCAGAUGGCCCUGUUUGGACCACUAGAACCCUAGGGGGGUAUUGUUAUGGAUAGUAAGAAAAGAUCAUUUUUUUUCCUGGAAUUGCAAGUUUCACGGAUUUAAAGGAUUUUUCAAGGUUCAAAACUCACCAGUAGCUUUUUUGUCACCGCAUGAGGAAAGCCUUCCCAAGAUCAGUCCAAGACAGAGGAAAAUGGAGAUAAGAGACAAAUCUGAUGACAUUGUUUGACCUUCUGAAUUCAAUCAUGCCUGAAGUCUAUACCAUCUUUUACUUUUUAAUUUUUGUGAUCCAAUAAAUUUUCUCUUUUUGCUUAAUUUGAAUUGGAUUUUUGCCUCUUGGAAUUACAGUUCUGAUUCAUACACCCUGUGUUUGCUAUACAUGUGAGAAAGCCUUAAUCUUUUAUGGCAUAAUUUCCUGAGAAACCUUUUGCUAAAACAAGUAUAUGGAAGUUGAAUACACAGCCUUCAUAAAGUUGAGAGAAUUAUUACAUUUUAUUUGUUGAUAAAAAUUAAUUUGGUAUUUAUUAGACUCAUGAUAAGGAUAGAUUUUUAAAAAUUCACCUAGUAAAACUCCUUAACAGGUUUUCCCAUAAGGAAUUAAAAUCAUUUGUGGUGGUGACUCACUAUAGGCCUUUAAAGAAAGAGCGGCAAGCUAAGAGAAUAAUGGAUCCGUCACAUUAAUGAAUGGCUCCUCAUCUUAAAGGAAUUCUUUGAUUUUCUGUUUUCAGUAUGGGUUUAAACAUACUGUGUAAUAGAAUAUAAUAGAAUUGUAAAUGAGGUCUUCUUUUGUGGGGAGAUUGAAAGCUUGGCUUAAGAAGUUUAUGGAUAGGGCGCCUGGGUGGCUCAGU